AUGACUUCGCAUAGGCAGCAACUCGAGGCGCAAGCUGAGAAAGGGAAGACAUCAGGUGGCACGUCCAAGCACGCACGACAGUCUUAUGUCGGUCCGCAUGUGGAUGACCCGGAGGACCCUUUGUCGGAGGAGGAAGACUUCGAGCGAUUCAAAAUGGAGAUUUGUGCCCAAAAGAUUAUCGAAUUCCACCAGGCGGCUGCCUUGGCUGACAUCGAAUUGGCGGUCGAGAUCUACAAGGGUCGGAAAGCUGCAGGCGGCAAGAAGCACGAGGUGUUGUCGAGCAUCAGAAGCGAAUGGUGCAGGUGGCAGGUGCAGAUGGAGAAGGAGGAAGAACGGAAGGCGAUCGUGAACACUGAACGUUCCAGGCGCAGGUCGGACUCCCCCGCCGACGACCAGGACGUUCAUCGACCCUCGUCGCACCGAUCCCAAGAGCAAGUUCCUAACCGUCUUGAAUUCGAAUUUGAUUUGGACCGUGUUUUGUCGGAUGACCCAAACGAGCGCCACGGCAAUAUAGACCAGCUCCUCGAGCAGAUGUUCCCAGGAUCUUCGUCUACAGACAGUGCUUCAUCUCAUCCUCCCGAACGGCAUGCCCAUCCCAGACCCGCCGCAACUUUUGGAAAGGAGCACGAUAUCCACCUCAAGCCAAGCAUCCUUCUCCUCGGCGAGCCAAGCGAGCUUGUCCCAUGGCCAGCGCCAACCGACCGCGAAGACAUCGCAUCGAAAGUCCGCCUGCUACAGAACAACCAGUUAACCGAUGACGCUGGCGCCUUCUUGACCAACCACAUAAUGCAGCAACUAGACGUCGCUUCCGCCUUCAUGGAGUGGGCUGGAGCAGGAGGAAUGUCGGCGGGUGCCUUGAAUGGUUCAGCACCGAGUCUUCCUUGGGCAACAAAGCCAGCAACCCAGUCAGACCCUACCCCUAACCCUUGGUCGUCGAAGGACAUCCGUGCUACUCCUGUCGCCAGCGGCUGGACGAAGAGGAAGCCUUCCAUCUGCACCCCUCAGCCUCCGCAAUUUUCCUUCAACAAUCCCUUCGGGACGCACGAACAACCAGGAGCGCCAUCCUUGUCCGCCACGGGCGCGUUCAAUUCAUCGACUGCCAAAGGAAAGAAACCUGCUGCCUUUCUGACAGGACCUCCACAAGCUGCAGAAGAGCCUGCGAAAAGGCGGUCGCCCUUAGCCUCUGCCCCAGAGCCAUCUAGCAAGGGUCUUACUACCUCCUUGCCACCCAGCGUUCUUCCCAAGGUCGAGAAGCCGCCAACAGUUGCUCCUCCGGCACCUGCUGGCAAGAAGUUGAACAAGAAGCACCGUCAGGCGAACAAGAAGAAUACGACCGCUGCUUCCAGUGUUGAGGCUGCUGAAGCUGAGCCAGUGUCCACACCUGCACCUCCUGUCCCGCCUGUUACUGCCAAGCCAGCUUCGCCAAAUGCACUAGCUCAAGGCCCACAGCAGCGUACGUCGACUCUGCCGGAGUCCGCGCCUCAGUCGUCGGAGACUAUGUUCUCGAUGUCAAAAUCGAUUCCUGGUAUGGCUCGUGUCCGAAGGGAUUCGAAUAUGGCAGACCCUGCCAGGGGCGGAUGGGACGACGCUGUCUCGACUCCUCGAGCAGCUUCCAAGAUCCUUUCUUUUCUCCAGGAGUCGACGCCGUCUAUCAAGCCCGAAGGAACUCCUCGCCCGAGUCUCUUCAAGACGUCCACAAACCGUUUUGAUCAAAUGGGACAAAAUUUGACAAUCAAAGGUUCGCAAUGGGGAGCUGCUAGUCGUUCUAUUUGGGGCAUUUUCGCGUCCGAUGGUCGUGACCCUUGGGUGCCUGGAGGGUUUGACGUCGAUGAUGGGGGCGGUGGUGACGGUGGUGGAGAAGAGACGAAGCAGGAGACUGCUAUGCAGCAGUUCUGGACGCCUACUGAUCUUCUCAAGUAG